AUGGCUAGCGGCAACCCCACGAAGCCGUCCACCGGCGGCGGCUCGCAGGCAUCUGAUCCCCUCGGGUCGCCCAUCAGCUUUCGUCACCGCCGGAGCUCCGUCGCCUCCGUCGAUUCAACCUUCAAGAAGGAGCAGCUCACCUACGACCUUGAUAAGAUACAUGACGCGGCCAGGAACCGUGCCGACUCCCUCACGACCUUCAACGACUUUGCGCCCCCCUCAGUACCGACCGCCACUGCCGAAAACAAGGGCUCGGCAAGCGACAUCGUCCAGCAGGGCUUCAGCGGGCUCUACAGUCGGUUUCGGGUCGCCGUCGGAGCCGGUGGCUCUUCCGCCAAGAAGAGCCAGGACGGCGACGAGAUGGAGGCCGAAGCGAGCGCUCGUGUCUCUAAGCAUUCGGCAUCUUCUUCGAUGCACCGCACCACCUCGGCCGCCAGCGCAGCUACCGCUCUCUACACCCAGCCUGUGGCGGCACCCGACAUGCCGUCGUCCAUCGUCUUGGCACCCUCCGACACACGAUCACAGCACUCGCAGUCUUCCAAGCCCACGAGCAUCAACCUCAUGCCCGCUGCAAAGUCCCAGCCGUCCGUUCGGCAGAGCCUCCCCACAAACGCCACCAGCGCUGUCGUGGCCGACCCGCCUGUCCUGUCCAUGGACGAGUCGGGCCGCAGCAGGCUCGGCAAUAGCAGCAAUAGGGACGGUGCCGCCGAAGGCUCCGCACAGCGGAGCCUGAGCAGGGUCGAUCGCGACGCCCGCCGUGACAGCGCAGAGGUCCCCAACCUGUACGACCUGACCGAGGGCAAGCUACCACCCAGAUCCUCCAACAGGGACGACGCCUCGAGCGUCGCUAGUGUCGACACCUCGAGGAGCCAGUCUCAGGCGGAGCGCCCCUCGGCGGCCAAAGCCCAGACUCCGCACCUGCGCACUCCCUCGUCGGGGUCGCUGAUGCUGUCACCCGACGACAUCCGAAGACGCCCUCCCGCCAUCGAGCGUGUCAGCGGGACGAACUCACCCCACUCCCGGGACUCCUCCACAGAUAGAGGCACGCCGGCGGCACCGAGCCCCAUCAGUAUAUCCGCACACAACUCCGUCUACCACGGAUCCAUCUCCAAAGACGAAGCGCACCGCAAUGACCAGGCGGGGAGGAUCCCAGGGACCACGCUCAGCUUCGAGGUGGCCACGGACCAUCUCAGCCGACUGGAUCGGAUGCGGCGGCAGGUUCUCAGCAAAGAUUUCUGGAUGAAGGACGACAGCGUCAAGGAGUGCCAUCUAUGCCAAACCGCCUUCUCGCCCUUCCGGCGCAAGCACCAUUGCCGUACCUGCGGGUGCAUCUUCGACCACCAAUGCACAACCAUCAUAUCCGGGGAGCGGUUCGGCGUCCAGGGCUCCCUGCGCGUAUGCAAACGUUGCCUGAUCGUCAUCAGCCGUCGCCUGGAUGGAAGCGGGUCGGACGACUCCGGGGACGACCACCAAGCGUUCCUUCCGCGCUUCAUGGGUUCCGGUCUGGGCUCCGGUCAUUCGAAAUCUCCGAGCGCAGGCAGCCGCUCGAAGGGUGUGGACAAGGGCAGCCCGAUCACCGGCUCCUCUGGCCCGGAGGAUGCUCGCCCCGUAUCCACGCCCAUGAUGGCCAUCCCUGCUACCCGCCGCGUCCGAGGGCCGAACCGCGCGUCGGCUGUUCUUGAGAUCGACGCCUCUCAGCUGAGCCGCCCAGGGUCAUCCCGCUCUCUGAAAUCCCUGGCAUCCGCCCGGCCGCAGUCUUUCGCCGGCCCCGGCCACAAGCGCCACCACUCGAAGCAUGGCCUUCUGAAUCGCUUCAAAACUGCUCCGCCGGAUAGGGCGCCUUUCCGGAAGGGCAUUGAUGAUGAACCCAAGAGAUCAAAGUUCCCCGCCUUCCACGACGACAACAUCAUCGACCCCGAACUCGCAGACUACAUGUCGGACGAGUCCACCGAAGAUGAGCAGAUGGGGCUGUUCUCAACCAUGUCCAGCGCAGAAAUCCCCUCGGGGAGCUACGAAAAUGACAAGCCCACUCUCUCGGCAUCCCUGAAUUCAAACAGGCACCGCCGUCACAAGCAGGGCGAGAAGAGUAUCAGUGGUCUGAAUAGUCGUGGCGCGUUCGAUGACAUGAGCGGCCCGCCAAGCCUUGCAGGUCACAGGCUUUCGGUCCGGCGCCGCAACCUGAGCAUGAGCGGAAGCAUCCACCACCUGCCGCCGCCUCGGCCCAAGUCUGGAGUCUUCAGGCGGCACUCUCCUUCCUCGGAGAUGAUUGCUGCAAUGGAACAUGCUACCCAGUCCUGGCUACCUCCUACAAACGCCGACUUCCACGAGAUCAAGCGGAAACCCCAGGUCGAGCUCAACAGUUCCAGCACGCGUCACGUCUACAGGAUCCUCCAGCAGCUGCUUGAGGACUCGGGGAUCCCCAGCCCAUCGCCGUGGCAGAAGGCCUUGGUCCCGAUACUGCUUCGGGCAACGGACGACGUGAGUCCCGACGUCUCGAGCGGCGAGGACAUGGACAUACGGCACUACGUCAAGCUCAAGCGGAUACCGGGUGGCCGACCCUGUGACACCUCAUACGUCUCGGGCGUCGUCUUCACCAAGAACCUUGCCCUGAAGAGCAUGCCCCGCAAGAUCACCAAUCCUCGCAUAGUCCUCGUCACGUUUCCGGUCGAGUACCAGCGCCAUGAGCAGCAGCUCAUGAGCCUGCAGCCCGUCAUCGAGCAGGAGAAGGAUUAUCUGCGCAUCGUCGUCCAGAGGAUCACCAAUCUGAAACCACACGUCCUGCUUGCGGAGAAGGGCGUGUCCGGGGUGGCGCUGCAGUAUCUCUCGGAAGCCAACAUCGCUGUGGCUUACAAUGUCAAGCACACCGUCAUCGAGGCCGUUUCUCGAUGCGCCGAGACGGAGAUCAUCACGUCGGUCGACAUGCUGGCUCUCCCGGUCAAGGUGGGGCGUUGCUCCUCCUUCGAUGUCCGCACCUACGUUAACAACGCCUAUGCCGGCCGAAAGAAGUCGUACAUCUUCCUGUCCGGCUGCACGCCGGAGCUGGGCUGCACCAUCUCCCUGCGAGGAGCUAGCCACGCCGUCUUGGGAAAGGUCAAGCACAUUGUCGACUUCAUGGUCUACGUUGUCUACAAUCUCAAGCUAGAAUCGAGCCUGCUGAGGGACGAGUCCAUCAACCCGCCCGAGAAUGGGGAAGGAUCCCUGGCGAGCUCUAUGCUCGCGAUCAACGAAUCGAGACCGAUCGGCAACGCCAGUUCCGCGGAGAGAUCCGGACCAACUGUCGGUCUUGGUGAGCCAUCUGUCGACGGCAAGACCACGUCCGCGCCGGCAUCGACGGGAGAAACCUCGGGGAUGGCUGUCACCGACGCCGUGUCGACUUCCCAAGAAUCGGACCAAGCCAAGCAGGAGGGCCCAGAGGCGCAGCAGCCGGAGGAGGUCCCGGACGACGUGCCCAUGCCGACGUUCUACAGCGACAUGGUUGCCAAAUACGAAACAAAAAUCCUUUCUGCCUCGCCUUAUGUCAAGUUCUCCCAGCCGUACCUUCUCAUGCGAGCUCGCGAGCAGGAGAGGCGACUUCUCUACCUGCGCCGCCUCCUAGACCACGAUGUCUCCGAACAGCGGAGGAGGGCUGCGGAGGAAGCUCUGGAGGGAAAGAGCCAGGAAGAGCAGCAGAGGCAGCAAUCAUCAGAGGCAGGAGCAUUGCAGCCGUCGGAGGAACAGAGCGAGGAGGGGCAGAGCCAGCCCGCAGGAACAGACGGCGCGGAUGCCGAAUCCGUGGAAGCUCGCGGCAAGGAAUCGGAGACGAGGUCUAAGGAGGCCUCGGAUAUGGCCAGCGUGUCCCAGCCAUUCCAGCUCAUCACGCCCGAGAUGGUGGAGAGGAUUGGCCACAAGGCGCCGAAGCAGAUGAUGGAAAUCCUCCACGCUGUCCACGAUGCCGAGUACGACAAGGCGCUCUUCAACUACCGAACACAGACGCGGCACUGGGAGACAUAUAUGCAGGGGAACCUAGACCUGUUCGACCCUUACUCGCACCAAAACAUUGUCGUGCUGUACUCGGCCAUCUGUACCGAGACCAAGAUCCCCUGCACCGAACCCGAGCUGCUUGCCCUCAACUUCUACGACGAGCAGCGCUACGACGCUCAGAUGGAUCCGGACUGCUCGCUGGGACAGUACAUCGAGGACCUGGUGUACGGCCAGGACGAGGUCUGCACGUCCAACGGAUGCGAGCGCAAGAUGAUUGAGCACCACCGGACGUACGUUCACGACCAGUACCGCAUCACCGUGUUUGUCGAGCACUUCCCCAACGCGCCGCCGCGAAGCCCCGAACUGGGCGAUGGCAUCACCAUGUGGACGUACUGCAAGACUUGCGAGAAGGACUCGGAGGAGACUUGCAUGUCCACCGCCACCUUCAAGUACUCGUUCGGCAAGUACCUCGAGCUCCUGUACUGGGGCCGCGGCCUUCACAUGGCAGAUAGCGUGCAGUGCGGCCAAGACCACCACCAGGACUACGUGCGCUACUUCAGCCUGGCCGACUCUCGCGUCCGCAUCCAUCGCGACCCCAUCGACCUCCUCGAGAUCGUCGUGCCCCGGGCGCGCAUCACGUGGAACGUGGCCAACGAUCUGAAGCUCAAGAACGAGAUCUACACCAAGAUGGAGGAGCGGUGGAACCGAUACAUGACCUCGGUCAAGGCGCGCCUGCAGGGCAUCAGAAUCGACAGCGUCCUUCCCAAGAAGGCCGAGGCCUGCAAGGAGGCGCUGGAGCAGCUGUCCAAGAAGGCCCAGGAGGACCAGCCGGCCAUGAUCCGCCAGCUCCAGGACGUCUACGUCAACUCCAAGUAUUACGAGGUCGUGCCCUUCAACAAGAUCACGCGGCAGAUGCUCGAGGUCGCGGGCGAGUGGGACGUGGCAUUUGCCAAGUUUGAGGCCGACUUCCUCGGCGACAAGGAUAUGAGGCAGCUCACCAUCAUGCAGCUCAAGAAGAUGUUUGCCGAUGACGAAUCCAAGGAGUCACUCGUCACGAACGAGGGCACAGGGUCCACGGCCGACAGCGACGAGCCCAUCUCGCAGACCUUCUCGGAGGCCGACGAGAAGAGCACCCAACCCACCGAUGUCACGGAGAGCGCCGGUGGGCUCGAGGGGAGCAGCACGACGGCCUCCUCCGAGCCUGGCGCCAGGGAGCCCCCGUCGGGAGACGAUGGAAAGUCGGGGAUGGCAGCGGAGGGUGCAGUCGAGAGAGUCGAGGCGCUGGACCUGGCCGGAUCCCCCGUCGGAGCCAAGGGCGCUGCGGGAGCCGCCGCCGCGCAGGGUGUGGCAGGCGACGGGAUCUCAAAGGCGCCCAUACCGGUCACUCCUCGGGCCCCCGAGUCGCCCGAGGAGGACGACGGGAUGUAUACGGAGCUGCCCCCCCCCCGUCCCUCUCUCGGUGAAAGGAUAGACCAGAAGCGGCGGGAGCAGGUUGAGCAGGGACAGGGGCAGGGCCAGCCCAUCGACGCCCCCCCGCCUACCCCCGUGUCCCGCGCGACCCCGGAACGCCUGUCGGCGCGCACGUUCGGGAGCACCACCUCGCCGCCGCUGCUGCGCGCCAACACACAGCCUGUGAGGACGCUGCUUAGAUCGCAGUCCUCCUCGGGCCGGGUGGCGGCACUGCACGAGGGCAGACCCACGCACCCGGAGCACCAGGCCGACCAGCCGCCGCCGCCGAACGAAGGCUCGGUCAAGGUGGACAAGAAGCUAUCGGAGCGCCUAGGUCUGAGCGCUCUCAAGUCCCGGCAGAAGGCUGGCCAGUCCAACAUUCCCCGUCUGAUCCACAAGAAGAGGGAUUCGCAGGUGUCAACGCUGGCGAAGCACUUUGAGCAGCUCAGUCGCGAGUUUGAGAAGGAACGUAUGCGGGACCGAAAGGAACGCGCUGCCAGUCUGCGCCAUCCCCGAGCGAUGCUCCCCAGGACGUCUACCAAGGCCAUCGUCGAGGUGUACGACGACGUGAACGAGGCGGUUGCCGAGCCCGGACCUGCCGUAGAGGACGCGCAGCCACCCGAUAGCAAGGCGACCUCUGUUCCGGAACACGAGCAGCCGCUGCCGCCGGUGCCCGACGCCGAUGCUUCUCAGGAGACGCCGGCUGGAGAGGAGGAGCCAAGGGAUGGUGCCGCAGACGAGGGAAAGAGCGACCAGAAGGAUGAGCAGGAGAAGAACGACGCCGCCGAGGACCACCCCAGCCAGGCCGGCACCGACGACGAAGGGGCCGCGAGCGACGGUGAGCAGGGCGUUUCGGAGGAGUUCAUGCCGGAUAUCAAGGAGCUGGCCAACUCGCUGGAGCCGAGCGCGGAGAUACCGCUGGAGCUCCCCAAACACCAGAAGACGAGCCUGAUGAGGUACCUGACGAAUUUCUGGGCGGAGCGAUCGGCUAGCGGCUGGCCGGCCCUCGACUACCCCGUGACGGGCAACGACCACAUCUUUGUGGACUCGGACAUCAUCAUCCGCGAGGACGAGCCGAGCUCCGUGAUCGCGCUGGCGCUCAACAACGAGGACUACAACAGCAAGCUGGAGCGGAUCCGGGCAGACGCGCAGGCCCUAGCACAGCAGGACCAAGAAUCCAGCGACGGCAGCGUCAACCUCGGCCCCGGGCGCUCGCCGGUAGAGGGCCCGAUGGAGGAGGCGGAGCUGGAGAAGAGCCUGCUGCGGAGCACGGGCACGCACCUCAAGUACCAGUUCAAGGACGGGGCGUCGGUGAUGACGUGCAAGAUCUUCUACGCGGAGCAGUUCGACGCGCUGCGCAGGAAGUGCGGCGUGGCCGAGCGCAUCGUCGAGUCGCUCUCCCGCUGCCUCAAGUGGGACAGCAAGGGCGGCAAGACGAAGUCGGUCUUCCUCAAGACGCUGGACGACCGGCUGGUGCUCAAGUCGCUCUCGCCCAUCGAGACGUCGGCCUUCCUGCGCUUCGCGCCGGGGUACUUUAGCAUCAUGGCCGAGUCGCUGUUCCACGACCUGCCGUCGGUGAUUGCCAAGAUGGUCGGCUUCUUCCAGGUCGUCAUCAAGAACCCGCUCACGGGUGUGGACGUGAAGCUCGACCUGCUCGCGACCGAGAACCUGUUCUACGACCGCUCGCCGCAGCGCAUCUUCGACCUCAAGGGCUCGAUGCGGAACCGCAAGAUCCAGUCCACGGGCGAGCAGAACGAGGUACUGCUCGACGAGAACAUGGUCGAGUACAUCUACGAGUCCCCCCUCUUUGCGCGGGAGCACUCCAAGAAGCUGCUGCGCGCGUCGGUGUGGAACGACACGCUGUUCCUGGCCAAGCAGAACGUCAUGGAUUAUUCCCUCAUGAUUGCCGUGGACGAGGACAGGAAAGAACUCGUCGUGGGGAUCAUCGAUUGCAUCCGUACAUAUACAUGGGACAAGAAGCUCGAGACGUGGAUCAAGGACCGUGGGAGGAACAGGCCUACCGUUACGAGUCCGAAGGAGUACAAGAAUCGGUUCCGUGAGGCCAUGGCGAGUUUGGAGGAGGGCUGA